CACAAAAUUUCAAAAUUUCGUUACAAUGGGUGGUGUUUUUUUAGUGUGAGGUUGUAGCCGAAAGGUUACAAAUUUUUCUGAGAGCUGUUUUAAGUAGAUGUUGACCCGAGGUUUAUCAAAAUCAACGUUCAUAGAAUUCUUACUAUGCGUUAUAUAUCUAAACAGGAACAAUUCUGGAUCGCUUGCAGUUUUGGACGUGAAGGAGCUGCUAAGAGGUUGAUCGAAGCUGGUGUGGAUGUUAAUUGGCGGUCCUAUGUGUACGAAUGCUAUCCUAUACACGUCUGCUCCCAAGGGAAACCUAGUAUUCUACAGAUGGUUAUUCAAGCAGGAGCAGAUGUCAAUGCACUUGAUUCCGGAGGUAAUACAGCUUUACACCAUGCUGCUAUGUCAGGCAACGAAAUAAAUACUCAAAUGCUUUUAUCUGCGGGUGUGAAUGUUGAUAUAGUCAAUAAAAAUGGUUGGACACCGUUAUUUAAUGCUGUCUACUGGAAUCAUCCAUCUAUAGCUGAAAUGCUAUUGGCCAGUGGUUCAAGUCCAUUUCUGAAGAAUAAGAAUGGAAGAAUUCCACUACAUGAAUUAUGUCGAACUAAGUCUAAAGAUUCUGUUCGAAUUCUUAAAAAUUUCGAAUUACUUCUUCAAUGUAUGAAUAAAUAUAAACGAGAAGCAUUAGUCAGUAUAAAUGAUUGCAAACCUAAUCCCAUUACUGCUACUACUACUAGUACUACUACUACUACUAUUGAUGACAAUCUAAAUUUAAAUGAAACUAUAAUCGAUAAUUGUGGGACUUCCAUCGAUUUGGAUAAUAUGAGUUUAAGAGCAUGUUCUCAAAAUGAUUUGGAUUCAGAAGCUGACUUUACCCCACUUCUAUUUGCCUGUUAUCAUGGACAUUUGGAACUUGUCAAAGCACUGUUGGAUCGUGGCGUUAAUGUCUCCGUCACUGAUAAAAAUCACUGGACAGCUUUACAUUGGGCUGCACAACAGUGCCAUGCUGAUAUAGUUGAAGUAUUAUUGGAUUAUGGUGCAUCAAUAUAUGCAAAAGAUUUGCGUGGUUGUAUGCCAUAUGCUGUAACAAAUGAUAUAGGUUUACAAGAAUGUCUUUCACCCGAUAUUGACUAUCCAAAUAUUAUAUCUAAUGGACAUGUAACUACUGAUGAAGAAGAUAACGAUGACAAGGAUAAUCAUAAUGAUGAUAAUAAUAAUGAUGUAGAUAGAAAAGAAGAAGUAUCUAAAAUGAAAUCAUGUCCAGUUCAAUUACAAUUAUUACAAUCCCAUACACAAAUGAAUAUAAAUGAUACAUUGGAUUCAUCUGUGAUAACUAAACAACUUAAUUUAAUGGAAUUAUCUUUAAUUGAAAAUCACAUGGAACUAUCUACUGCUGAAAUAGCAUCACCUGAAAUUUAUAUUAGCACUGUAUAAUUAUUGGUAAUAAUAAAUGAAAAGAAAAUCAAAUUUUAAUUAAUCCUUUUUGGUUUCCUUCUUUCUUUCUCUCUGAUACAGAUUGUUUGUAUUGUUGCCUUAACGAAUGUCAAUUUGUUCACUAAUCUAUUCGUUUUUUUUUUCUAAAUAAUGGCAUUAUUCAUGACGGAACCAUUAACAAAUUUGUAUUUAUAAUGCAUGUCUUCAAUAAUAUCAUGUCUGCAUGUAUAUUUUGUGUUGGAACUACACAUACAAAGAAUAUACUCACAUUAUUAUUAUGAUUAUUACUAUUGAAUAAUCAUUUAGGAAUCUUAGUGUAACCAGUUAUACUUAUUUUUAAACUGCUAGGUUACUUCUCUUUCUUUCUUUUACGUCAAUGUAUAGUCUGGCUUAAAGCUUUAAGACUUCUUCUAUCUACUAUAAGUGAAAACAUAUACAAUUGGCAUAAAAUUCAAUGAAUCUAAUGUAAAUUGUAAUAAAAUGAAACUAAAAUUAUUUUUACUUAUACCAUUAUAUUUAUAGCUUAUAAGAAGAGAAUACAUCGAUGCAUUACCUCUAUCAUUCUUUCUAAAUCUUUUCUCAUUUUUCAAUUUGUCACAUACUUUCUUCACAUGUCCUACAUAUUUCUUUGUUGUUGUUGUUUAUUUUGAUUUAAGAUCAUAUUUUCAUUUGAUAUUUUAAUGUGAUGAUUUAUUCUCAUGUAUGAUGGAGUAUACAAUUGCUAAGUUUUCACUUUUGCUAAAGAAG